AUGUCUCGACCUUGUUCUUCUCCUUCCUCCUCUACGUCAGCCCCGCCACCGGCGUGUGCGCUUCCGCAACAGCGGCGGAAGCGGUUCAAGCACGUGAGCUACAACGCGUCCGGGAUCAUGUCGGCGUACCACUUUGGAGUGAUGGCGUGCUUGGAGCGGUUCACAGACACGUCGGAGACAGUCUUCUACGGGGCGUCUGCAGGGGCGCUGGUGGGCGCCAACGCCUUGGUGGGGCUGUCACCUUACGCAUCCGCAGACAGCAUGAUCUCGCACUGCGAGGCUGUGGCGGAGGACUCUGCGCGCAUUGGCCCGCUACUGGAGAACACCUUGGACAGCCUGUGCCCGGAGGACGCCCACACCAAAUGCAGCUCUCGGCUGCAUGUGUCCUGCUCGAAAUGGGACCUGACGCGUCUUGUGCCCGAGUACUUUAGCACGUUCGAGAGCGUGCAGCAGUUCAAAGAAACGCUGAUGGCGUCAGCGCACCUCCCGUUCAUCUCGGGCCUGCUCCCGCGCAGCAUCCAGGGCCACGUGGGGCAGUUUCUGGACGGGGUGCUGACAGACCCUCAUCCGAAGCCCGAGCGCGUGGCAGCCGCCAGACGCGCCAAGCGACAGCAGAGCCAGCAGAAGCAAGAAGUGGCUGGCACGACGACCAAGGGUGGUGCUGGUUCCGUGCCACCGCCCACUGCAGCAGAUGCAAAUGGGCGUGCAUCGUGGUUCUCAUACUCGGCCUUGCUGGCGUACAUGGCCAUCCUGCAACAUCAGCAACAAGACGAGCAACAAGAAGAGCAACAACAACAACAACAGCAACAAGACGAGCAACAACAACAACAACAACAACAACAACAACAACAACAACAACAACAACAACAACAACAACAACAACAACAACAACAAGAUGACCAACACCAACAACAAGAGCAGCAGCAACAACAGGACACGCACAGUGGAGACAUUGCAUCAUCAACACAGGGCCAAGAAACGAGUCAAGAAACACGCCCGCUCAAGAAAGACCAGCGCGACGACAAGGGUGCUGACGACGGUGGCAGCCAUGUGGCAGAGGCCGAUGAGGACAUUGAUGACAGCAAAACGCUGCUGGUGGCGUGGCACCCGACCUGUGGUUGCGGGUGUGCCGCUGAAGGUGACAAGCGUGUGCUCACGCCUUCCAUAGACCUGCAUUACAUGUGGUGCGCGCGUCCGCCACCGCUGCCCAUCUGCCGCCUCAUCUUCUACCUCGGGUACUGGAACGCCAUGUGCCUGCUUCGUGAGACAGACCCCGACAUCUUGCAAGAUGACUUUCCCGACACACCAACAGCAACAGCAACAAAAGCAGUAGGAACAACAGCAGCAACAGCAACACCAACCACAUCAGCAGCACCAGCAACGUCGCAUGCGGGCAAAGAUGAUGCGCCGCGCAGCGAUGACGACUGGCUGGCGCUGCUCAUGUCAAAGCCGCUGGCAGAGGUGGAGCCCUUGGAGGCCCACCUGCCGGCGGUGCUCGCCCGCAUACAUCCGUACAUCGAGGUGACGAUACAGAGGCAGCACGCCGAGUUUCGCCGUCGCUGGGAGCAGAAUGAGCUGUGGAACAUUGCGUACAUCUGGAUCCAGGCCAGGCGCGCAGAGUUGGCGGCGCUGGGCGUGUUGUCUUCGACCAUCCUCCUGUCUGGCGUGGCCUACACGCUGAACAUGACGCAGGUGCUGUUUGCGCUGAGCGAGGCGAUGCCCUCGUCCAUUCAAGCGCUACAGGCGCUGCAGGCGCUGCCUGAUGUGGCGGCGUGGGACGACGCCUUUGACAUGUUUGAUGCAAGUGUCGUCUUUGAUGAAUCUGUGGCUGCCUCUUCUUCUUUGCUCGAUGCCAUCUUCAACGCGGUUCACAACGCCGUCUUUGCUUAG